AUGAAUUAUCAAAAUUGUUCGUUGUACGAUGAACAAUGUCAUUUAUUUGAUGACUUUAUUUGUUGUUUCAUCUGUUCUGCAAAUAAGCCAUUGAUGGAGAAAAAACGACGUGCUCGAAUUAAUCGUUGUCUAUAUGAAAUGAAGCAAAUGCUUGUCGAAAGCGCAAAAAAUUCUACCAGUCAUUCAAAAUGGGAAAAAGCUGAUAUUUUGGAGAUGAGCGUCGCCUAUAUCAAACAACUGCAAUCACAGGCACGUAAAAGUGGUUGGUUAUUACAUUUGUCUUUCAUCUACCACCUUUUGUAG